AUGGUUGCACUUGCCUCGCAACACCAAGCGCGCCUGUCGUUUGCCUAUCGCCCUUUCCUUAUCUGCCGGCCAGUGACAGUCCGGGCUCCAUAGUCAGCGACCUCUUGUCCGCGUCUGUCGCUUCCGCCCUUACCAAUUGAGCAUCUUGCGACGUCACCUCUAAACAUCCACCCACCCACAUAGUCGCACUGCCACUGCCACUGCCCUCAGCCCUUCGCGCCCCAGGCGCCCCAGUCCGCCAAACUGGAGCAAUCACACCCGCAAUCGCCGCGUCACUCGCAACGGGAGACGACAAACUCCGACACGGUCAGAGCACGCAGCUCGUCAAUACGCCUGUCCCAGGCUAGAGGGGACCAGCCCGAGGAUAAGGACAACGCAGGCAGAUACCGACUCAACAUGCUUGCGGGCAAAGGAUACUCGUGGAAGGCCGCCCAGGCAAGACUGCCACCCUCGCGCCAGGUCCUGCACACGGCGCGCAAUCCAAGAUUCCUGCUGUCUCUAGCUCUCUUGACAGCUGUUAUCUUGCUAUGGCGUUCUAUGGGCUCAGCCACUGGCGAGCUGCAGAGGUUCUACUGCUUCGGCCCCUCUAAACCACCCAUGCACAUGUCACCAAACGAUAACGAAGAAUGGCACGCUCACUUGACUACACCUGUCGUAUUCAACCAUCACAAGCCAAUCGAGGUUAAUGCCACCGAUAUUCAGCACGUAAAUCUCAACUCGAUAAAGUCCACCCCCAACGCAGUCAAAAAUAAGGAACGCGUCUUGAUCCUUACCCCACUCCGCGAUGCGUCUUUCUAUCUGCCCAAGCACUUCGAUCUUAUCGCCCAGUUGACAUACCCUCACGAUCUGAUCGAUUUGGCGUUUCUCGUUGGCGACACCACAGAUGAUACCGUGGCGGUACUGGCCAAGGAGCUGGAGAGAAUACAGAACAAUCCGGAGAUUGCGUUCAGAUCGACCAUGAUUGUCGAAAAGGACUUUGGUGUAACUCUCUCGCAGAGUGUAGAGGACCGCCACGGCUUCGAGGCUCAGGGUCCACGGCGGAAGGCGCUGGGUAGAGCGAGAAACUACCUACUCACAACUGCCUUGAAGCCCGACCACAGCUGGGUCUACUGGAGAGAUGUGGACAUUGUGGACAGUCCAUCUAAGAUUAUCGAGGAUUUUGUUGCACACGAUCGCGAUGUGCUUGUUCCCAAUAUCUGGUUCCACCGAUACAAGGAAGAGAAUGGCAAGAAGGUUGACAUUGAAGGGCGAUUCGACUACAACUCUUGGCAGGAAUCCCCUGAAGGUCUUAAACUUGCAGCUUCUCUGGACAAGAACGUUGUCCUUGCAGAAGGUUACAAGCAAUACCCCACCAACCGCAAGUACAUGGCCAAAAUGGGUGAUUGGCGCGCAGACAAGGACGAGGAAAUACCCCUCGACGGUAUCGGUGGUGUCAACAUCAUCGUAAAGGCAGAUGUUCAUCGUUCGGGAAUCAACUUCCCUUGCUACGCCUUUGAGAACCAGGCGGAAACCGAAGGCUUUGCUAAAAUGGCACACCGAGCUGGCUACGGUGUCUAUGGACUGCCAAACUAUGUCGUCUGGCAUAUCGACACGGAUGAGAAGCCUGGAAAUGCUUAGACUGAUGAGCAUCUUUGCUGUGUGUUAUUAGUAAGGAGGGGGGAAGGAAUGUGAGGAGAAAGUAUAUACCCAGGGAGUCGGGCGCACGCAUUGGUUGUAUGGCUUGGGCUGUGGGGGGAAUUCACAAACAACAAAAAGGGCACACCUUGUGAUGCCUGUAUGAGUAACUACUGAGGGAUCAAUGGACUAUAAGCUCGUUUUGUUUUAGUUUAUUUUUUUUGGCCACUUUCAAGAUAACUAGUAUGACGGUUCGAGAUUUUCGGCAAGAGUAUAGACAUUUUUGCGUGCAGCAGUGGUACUUUUAAUAAAACGUAUUAAGU